AUGUCGAUUCUUGUGGAUGUCAAUGGAGAAUCAGAUCUGGAAGAUCAACAUGGAAGUCGAGAAGAUGACGAUAUCAACUUGAUUGCAGAAGAUCCAAACAUUCUUGGAGGCUUCGAUCAAGUGCCUUUCUGCGAGACACCACUUCACACAGCGUCAGAAAAAGGGAAAACGCAUUUCGCCAUGGAGCUAUUGACCCUUAAGCCCUCGCUUGCUCACAAGCUAAACCCAUCGGGUCUCAGUCCCAUGCAUUUAGCUCUGCAAAACAAUCAUGUUAAGAUUGUGAGAGGGUUUAUGGCGAUUGAUAACAGCUUAGUAAGCAUUAAGGGAAGAGGAAGGACCACCCCUUUGCAUCUUGUGGCUGAAAGAGGUGAUGCAGAGUUGUUGAGUGAGUUUUUGUUCACUUGUCCUUCUUCUAUAGAAGAAGUGACGAUCAAACGCCAGACAGCCGCGCACGUUGCUGUGAAGAGCCGCCAGAUUGAGGCAUUCAAGGCUUUAUUGGGAUGGGUUAAGAGAGCAAACAAGGAGGACAUCCUGGACUGGAAGGAUGAAGAUGGUAACACGGUGUUCCACAUUGCUGCAUUGUUAAAUCAAAUCGAGGUUAUGGAGUUGCUGCGUGGAACCGUUAAAGUACAAGCUAAGAACCUAGAUGGUGAGACGGCCAUGGACAUACUCAAAAAUCAACAUUCACCUCUUUCUCCUGAAGCUAGCCGACUUCUCCAUAGAACUAGAAAACAUUCCACAAUGACUCUAGCCGGAUACUUGAGCAAGAAACCAUCCUUUAUUGAGAAACGUAACAAUUAUUUGGGACUGAGCAAUUUCGGAAAUACAGAGACAAAAGACAUCAGCGAUUUCCGCAAUGCAAUACUUGUGGUGGCUGUACUGAUAGCAACAGCCACGUACCAGACCGGUCUCAGUCCUCCUGGAGGAUUUUGGCAAGAUGAUUCCUCAAUUCCGGAAGAUGAUCACUCAGCUGGACAGAUGACUAUGUAUUGGAACAAUGCCAUAAUGUUUUACGUGCUCAAUGGAAUUGCCUUCUUCUCAUCUGUCCAUGUGAUCACAUCCCUUAUAGUUGGGCUCCCCAUGUGGAUCAUCCUCUAUGUUUCCACGGCCGUUCUUUCUAUCGCUAAUUUCGCAUCGUUCGGCUUUACAUUUCCCUAUCCUGAGAGCAAUUCCGGGGGUGUCCUAUCUCUGCUCUUCAUUCUGUCCUACCCGGUUCUUGGCGUAGGCAUAGUAGCUGCUCCUUGUGUGGCGUUCUUUGUCAAUAGACAUCACCGACACCAUGUGGACUUCCCGGCGAGCUACUUUAGCAGAUCUAAGAGAUCUUAA